UUGUUUCUCAUUGAGGCGUGUCGCCCAUGAUGUAAUAUGAUUCAAGGUUUAUAAAUAGGGCUUCUGGUCCUUUACCUGUUAGAUGACUUUAUCAAUUUCACCUGCAACAGAGACAGGAUGUGGCUAUGUAUACAAAAAAUGAUUUUCAGCUUCCUGAAAGAAAUAAAAUUUUGCUGAGUGUUCCUACAACGGCAAGCAGGCUCUUGUUUCAACGCUGUCCUCCAUCCAUGCCUUGACUCCACAGGCAGGAAUGCAGUGGAGUUGGACCUUUGACUGUCCUCUGAGAACAAAGCCUCAUCAUGGUCCAACUGUGAGAAACGAUGGCAGGAGCAAUAGAGCUGCUAGAAUCUUUGGAGGACUUGGGCGACAGAGAAUUUAAGAAGUUUAAGUGGUACCUGCAGCAGGCAGAGUUCCUGAAAACCAUCCCAUCCAUCCCAAAAUACCAGCUGGAGAGUUCAGAUCGUGAGGAUACCGUGGACCUGAUGGUGCAAACUUACAGCCGUCAGUGUGUGGAAGUGGCCAGGAUGGUUUUACGGAGGAUGAAUAGGAAUGAUCUGGCAGAGAAGUUGUCAAAUGCUGCAUCCAAGGCUUCAGGGGAGGUUUCUCCAGCAGAAACCUGCAGUCAUGAGGUCAUUUUUGGCAAUGAGGAGGUUGAAGUCCUGCCCAAGAACACGCUGGCAUCCAACGGAGCAGGAAAUCAACCCACUGAGUCAAUUGAGGAAGAGCCGCUCUACUCUCCUUAUCCACCUUCACCACAGCCGUCUGAUGAGGCAGUUCCUGCCAAAUCUGGAGCAGCUGAAGGACUAAUGAACUCAUCACCAAACAAUCUGUUCUCUCCUGUCUCUGUGGAGGUCAGCAAUGAUGAAGACAAUGAAGCAGAUACAUUUCUUUAUCCGUCAGACGUUCUAUCAAUCGCAAAGCAACCUGAAGGUGUGAAGAUGUCAGCACUGCCUUGUCCACAAACCACAUCAAGCCCGGCUGUGCUGCAGUCCAACCUCCAGAACAUGUUCAUAUCUGUGAAAGAUGAUUGGUUGGAGAAGCACGACGAGGAGACUCUAUGCUACAUGCAUCCAGAGCUGUUUAUCACCGAUGAACGGGGUCAGCAUGAGGUCACAGGCUCAGAAACAGAAACAUCUAAAUCAGUGAAUGUCAGCAACAUGUUUCAACAUCUGUCCAGAAGAGGCAAAUCCAGCAGAACAGUGGUGACCAAAGGGUGUGCUGGCAUUGGCAAAUCCUUCCUAGUGCAAGAGUUUAUGUUGGAUUGGGCUGAAAAAAGAUUCAAUCAAGAAUUUCAUCUAGUUUUCCCUUUUGAUGCUCGUCGGCUGUGUUUAUGGAGAGGAGAGAGGUUUACUCUGGCAGAGCUAAUUCACAAAGUUGUUCCGGGAAUGCCGUCCAGUGGCGUUACGGAGGAGACUCUUACCGCAAUCUUCACAGAUUUACAAAAUGUGAGAGAAACCAGCUGUGACAGCAGUGAAUUCAAACUUCUGUUUAUCAUUGAUGGUCUGGAUCAGAAUCUCCCCCUGGAGUUUGAUUUUAUCAGCGGGACAAAUAAAUCGAACGUAAGAAAGUCAAGUAGAGUAGAAGUGCUUCUGACUAAGCUCAUCUUGAAGAAAUUGCUUCCUGCUGCUUACCUCUGGAUAACCACACAAUCUGAAACAGCCAGUCAGAUCCUUCCUGAGUGUGUUGACAUGGUGACGGAGCUCAGAGGGUUCAAUGACCUGCAGAGAGAGGAGUACUUUAGGAAGAGAUUCAGAGAUGAGCCACGGGCCAGCGAAAUCAUCUCCUACAUCAAGACCUUAAAAAUCAUUCAUUUCAUGUGUCGCAUGCCACUUUUCUGCUGGAUCACUGCUGUAGUUCUGGAGAACCUGUGGGAAACAAGAGAGAGAGGAGCUCUUCCCAGCAACCUGACAGAGAUGUUCAUAGAGUUCCUGGUGGUUCAGAUCAACCACAUGAAGGAAAAGUAUGAUACUAGAAAGUGCAUCAUGUGCAUCAAGUCUCUGGCCAAACUGGCCUUUAAGCAGCUCCUCAGAGAUAACACUAUGUCUACUGAGGAGGACUUAAGAAGCUGUGGCCUUAUAAUGACAUCAGAGCGCUCUGAAGGGUUCAAAGAGAUCUUCAAGACAUUUUCUGGAAAGACGUCAGACAAUUACCAGAAGACGAUUUUUUGUUUCACUCAGUCCAGCAUUCAGAAGUUUCUUGCCGCUGUUCAUGUGAUCACUUCCCUGGUCUCCAACAACAAAAAUGUGAUGCUUGAUUCAUGGAUGACAGUUGAGAACUGCCUCCCCUGUUUCACAAGAACCUCAACAACAAAACUUCAUAAAACAGCAUUGAAGAGAACCUUGAAAGCUCCAAAUGGAAGGCUUUUGUUGUUCCUACAGUUCAUCAUGGGUCUUUCUCUACAGACAAAUCAGUUUCUCCUACAGGACCUGCUGGCACCAACAAGAAGUACCUCAUGGUCCAACCAGAAAAUAAUUAAAUACAUGAAGAAAAAAAUCAGUGAGAGUACAUCACCAGAAAGGAUCAUAGUAAUGUUUCUCUGUCUGAAUGAGCUGAGGGAUGACUCUGUUGUGGAGGAGAUCCGAAACUGCCUGAGAUCCCAACGUCUUUCCAUGGAUAAACUAUCACCUGAUCAGUGGUCAAUUCUGAUCUUAAUCAUAAUGUCAUCAGAAAAACAUCUAGAUGAGUUUGACCUGAACAAAUACUCUUUGUCAGAGGAGGUUCUGCUGCAGCUCAUGCCUGUCCUGGAAGCCUCCAGAAAAGCUCUGUUAACAGGCUGCAGAUUGUCAGAGCGAUCCCUGGAAGCUCUUUCUCUGGUUCUCAGUUCUCAUUCCUCCAAUCUGAAAGAACUGGACCUGAGCAACAGUGACCUGCAGGAUUCAGGAGUGAAGCUGCUCUCUGUUGGCCUGCAGAGUCCAAACUGUAAACUGGAAAGUCUCAGGUUAACAGGCUGCAGAUUGUCAGAGCGAUCCCUGGAAGCUCUUUCUCUGGUUCUCAGUUCUCAUUCCUCCAAUCUGAAAGAACUGGACCUGAGCAACAGUGACCUGCAGGAUUCAGGAGUGAAGCUGCUCUCUGUUGGCCUGCAGAGUCCAAACUGUAAACUGGAAAGUCUCAGGUUAACAGGCUGCAGAUUGUCAGAGCGAUCCCUGGAAGCUCUUUCUCUGGUUCUCAGUUCUCAUUCCUCCAAUCUGAAAGAACUGGACCUGAGCAACAGUGACCUGCAGGAUUCAGGAGUGAAGCUGCUCUCUGUUGGCCUGCAGAGUCCAAACUGUAAACUGGAAAGUCUCAGGUUAACAGGCUGCAGAUUGUCAGAGCGAUCCCUGGAAGCUCUUUCUCUGGUUCUCAGUUCUCAUUCCUCCAAUCUGAAAGAACUGGACCUGAGCAACAGUGACCUGCAGGAUUCAGGAGUGAAGCUGCUCUCUGUUGGGCUGCAGAGUCCAAACUGUAAACUGGAAAGUCUCAGGAUGUCUAACUGUUUGAUUGCGGAGGCUGGGUGGGAUUUUUUGGCUUCAGCUCUGAACACCAACCCCUCCCACCUCAGAGAACUUGACCUGAGUCACAACAAUCCAGGAGAGUCAGGAAUGGAGCAGUUAGUCGCUGGACUAGAGGACCCAACCUGGAGACUACAGACGCUUAGGUUGGACCACUGUGGAGAGCAGACGCUGCAGCCUGACAUCAGGAAAUAUACCUGUGAACUUGAGCUGGACUCAAACACAAUAAACCGAAACCUCAAACUGUCCAAAAGCAGGAGGAAGGUAUUUUCAAGUUUCCAUGAAUAUCCAGAUCAUUUAGAAAGAUUUGACUUCUGGCCCCAGGUGCUGUGUAAACAUGCUCUGCCUAGUCGUUGUUACUGGGAGGUGAAAUGGAAAGGACAGGUUGAUGUAGCUGUAAGCUACAGAGGAAUCAGCAGAAGAGGAAACAAUUCUGAAUCUCUGUUUGGAGGAAAUGAUAAGUCCUGGACUCUGACAUGCUUCUUCAACCAGUUUGCUGUCUUCCAUAGCAAAGAAAAAAAGGAAAUACGUUUGUCCUCCCAUGUAUGUAACAGAAUAGCAGUCUAUGUUGACCAUCCUGCUGGCAUCCUGUCCUAUUAUGUUGUCUCCUUUGACACAUUGAUCCACCUCCACACCUUCCACACCACAUUCACCGAACCGCUUUACGCUGGAUUUGGAUGUGACCGGCACAAGGUACUUGACUGGUUAACAGUUAAGUCUUCAGUGUCCAUUUGUUCACCGUUAGUAGAUAAGUCUGUAAAAGCUGCUGCUGAGGAGAGAUAAACUACUUAGGUAGUAAAUAUGUUGUUUAAUGUCUACUAAUUUAAAAUUACAGUAAACUUGUUCAUGUGUUUGGGUUUUUUUUUACAGUAUAAACAGGAGUUUGUGUUGCUGUUUCUUGUCAAUGUUUUAAUUAGAUUAACAAGGUGAAAAUAUUGACUGGCUCCAGGUUGGAAGAAAAAUCUUGUUUAAGUUUGAGCAAUAAAAUUUAUUAUUGAUUAAAAAAACACAACAUUUCUGAUGUAUUUAAAUAAAAUAGCCGUCCAGGGUUUCAAGGUCUGAUUAACUUUUUUCCUCUCUGUCCUCUUAACCCAACUGAGACUUUGUUUUAGCCAACUUCUAUUUGAUUCGAUCUGUACUGAUUUGUUUUUAGGUUUUCUCUUGAGUUUUUAAUUCCUUUACAGUGUUGUGUGUUUAGCAUUUUCAUUUUAUUUGAUGUUUCCUUUUUUCUUAUUUAUCUCCGAUGUUCAACACUUUGUCUCAGCUGUGGCUGCUGUUAAAGAAAUUCAUAAAUAAAGCUGAAAAUGAC